AAAGCUUUAAACGCGUAGUAAUACAACUAGUCCUCGUACUGUUAACAUACACGAAUCGGUAGACUCCUCCAUUGCUGUUCUUGUUCUCUGCUUAAGUUUAGUAAGAGUUCGAGUGCGAUUAUAAACGUCGAGUUGUUUUACUAAGUGUGUUGCCAAUCUACACCGGGAUUUCAACAACUAUUUUACGAAUUCUCUGUUAACGUUUAUAUUUUAUCUUGUUUUGUUGGAUUACUUACUCCCAGUGAUUUAUUGUGAAUUAUUUAUUAUAUCACUGAAUUAAUAAUUACAUUAAUUAAUUAACUCACUCGUGGAUUUUCCGCACUUCCAUUUGAUUUACAUUAAGUAAUUCUAAAGCCAACAUGGCUGAUCAAUUAACAGAAGAACAAAUUGCUGAAUUCAAAGAAGCUUUCUCGCUAUUUGACAAAGAUGGUGAUGGUACCAUCACUACAAAAGAGUUGGGAACUGUUAUGCGUUCGUUGGGACAAAAUCCAACGGAAGCUGAAUUACAGGAUAUGAUUAAUGAAGUUGAUGCUGAUGGUAACGGAACAAUUGAUUUUCCGGAAUUCUUAACCAUGAUGGCGCGUAAAAUGAAAGAUACAGAUAGUGAAGAAGAAAUCAGAGAGGCAUUUAGGGUAUUUGACAAAGAUGGUAAUGGUUUCAUCUCAGCUGCUGAAUUGAGACACGUUAUGACAAAUCUUGGUGAAAAAUUAACUGAUGAAGAAGUCGACGAAAUGAUAAGAGAAGCAGAUAUCGACGGUGAUGGUCAAGUUAAUUAUGAAGAAUUCGUCACAAUGAUGACAUCAAAGUGAAUACGACUUACAUGUAUGAAUAAUUUUCAACUUGAAGUGGUAUUGACAUAUUAAGAGAAUUAAAAAAUAAAAUAAAAUUAAAAUAAUUAAAAAACAAAUAAAUAAUUAUUAUAUGAAAAAA